UUCAGAAUCCCGUGAUCGGAGAUGUUGAAGUUUACGUGUUGCUUUGAUAUUUCCAAAGAAUUUGAACAUUUAAUAAGUGCAACACAAAAUGAGCAAAAUGUGAAUCCAGACCUGUCUGCCACUGUGGUUGGCCAGGAGAAAGAUGGCAUUGUUUUGUAUACAUGGGACAGCAAAUCGCAGUUCAGCGGGGAUAUAGAAGUCACCCAUGUUGGAAUAUACGAUCCAGUUAAACAGACUAAUAAGGUUCUAUUUAUUCAUGAUAAGAAGCUGACCAUAGUAGGGGCCUCAAUCAAUCAGGAACACUCAUUACUAGCUUUCACUUCUUUUGAACCAAGUCAAGAGUGGGAUCAUAGUAGCCAUGUACAACCUAAAGGAACAUACAAGGUAUUUCUGGCUGAACUGCAGCCCCAGAAUAAUGUGUUCAACUUAAACAUCCAGCGGCAGAGAUAUGUAAAGGUUCAGUUUCUCUAUGGCCAGUACAGAGGGUUUGGGGAAACAGCUUAUAAAGAGUCACACAUGCUGGUGUUCUUGCAUAAAGAAGCUAUAGGACUGUAUCAUAUAGCAAUGGCCAGGAUGGGGGACAAGGGAAUUAUGAUGAGUGGACAACCAAAAACUGAAAUUUGUUUUGGGAAGUUUGCCUGGGCGCAGUGGGACAUGCAUCUUCAGCGUCUUUACAUCAUCCACCACAAAAAGGAGAACCUCCACGGCAUGGAGCAAGCAGUACCUGUGUUAGCAGGAUUCCAGUUUCAAGCUCACAUGUUGGAGCAUCCUUUUGAACUGAUGUUUGAUGUGAUACUGGACCUGCCUAUACCUCAGGCUAAAAAAAGCAGCAGAACAUAA